ACAUAAUCUCUUUGGGUCUGAUGGCUCCUUACCUCCUUCUCAGGGCUAUAGGUUUUUUCCUUCUUAUGAUACUUGGAAUACCAGGGAACAUCUUUAUUAUUCUUCAAUUCACCUACAUCAAGAUCGUAGAGAAGAAACUUGUUCCAAGCAACAUAAUAUUUUCAGUAAUGGCUUUGGCAAAUGUACUCAUCAUCUUUUCUCGCAUCAUUCCACAGUCAUUGAAUGCUAUAGGGGUAGAGGACUUGCUUAAUGACAUAGAGUGCAAAUUUGUCAUAUACUCAUACCGAGUAAGCAGGGCCAUGUCUAUUUGUGCUACCAGUUUUCUUAGCUGCCACCAGUGUAUUCUUAUUGCGCCAACAACUAAAGUUUGGAUUUAUCUAAAGCGAAAAGUGGCACAAAACAUUAUUGGAAUUAUCAUCAUUUUGUGGAUAAUGAACUUCUCUAUGUACUCUUAUUGUUUUAUGAGUACUAAUGCCAAGAAAAAUAUAACAACUUCGCCAUAUACUCUUCAUUUGGUAUACUGUGAUGCUGACUUCCUAACUUAUACAGCAUAUAUUGUCAAUGGAACAUUUUACUUUAUUCGUGAUUUUAUAUUUGUAGGUUUAAUGAUAUUAGCAAGCAGUUACAUGGUGUUCAUCCUUCUCCGUCAUGAGAAAAAUAUAAAAGUAAUUAGAAGCUCUAACAAAGCGCAAAAGUGGUCAGCUGAGUUCAAAGCCUCAAGAUCUGUCAUUUUAUUAAUUGUUCUAUAUGUAUUAUUGUUCGGUUUGGAUAACUCCAUGUGGAUCUAUACACUGACUUUAUCGAAUGUAACUACUGACAUGAAUGAAAUUCGAAUAUUUCUAGCAUCCUCAUAUGCAGCUCUUAGUCCCAUUCUCAUCAUAAUAACCAACCCUAAGCUUCAUCGUUCUUGGAUGUUGUCUCGCAAGAACAAGCCUUUCCAAAAACAUAUAGGAAACAGUGUAACUGUGUAUUCUGUAAGUGAAUAAAGCUGACAAAAUAUAGAAUAGUAUUUGUUAUAUACAGUAGAAUUAGAAAUAGGAUCUAUAAAUAAAUAUGGCCAUUGCUAGUCACACUUUCCUUCUCAUUCUCCAAACAUUAGUAUUGUACCCUUAUAAAAUGUGUAUGAGGCCCAUGCAUAGGGUUCAGUUAUAGGUUGCUCAUGCUAUGGAACUUUUUAAUAAACUAACCUACAAUUAUAGCAUGUAUUCAGCAUCACCUAAUUUUUUAUGUUUAGCAAGCUGAAGCCACAACUUGUGUUUCUAAUCUGGUCAAAUUCCAUGCCUCAGGCCACGUACACACGACCGGUUUUCUUGGCAGAAUUCAGCAAGAAACUCGAUGG